GGACAAAGGAACAAAGUCAGCAUUGAAUAUUGAGAUGGAGUGCAUGGUCUUAGACGUGGGCAAAAAAGACUCACCCUGCUCGUUGAUGUGUGCUGGGAUGACCGGAAGGAAUAAGGAUUGAUGCAGAGGGGGCCUGGAUGGAGACCGCUUUUUAUACAUGACAGUCAUCGCAAAUUCUCCGUUCGUCGGCUUGGCAACGGAUUGCUCUAGUAACUCGUUUCUGUUGUAUCUUCCGGCCUCCUCCAUGCUAGCAGCUAGUCCGAAUCUGCAUGGCAUCAACCCACAGGGGUAACGCUGAUUUGUUGGAUCUGAUACAUGUCCUGUCUCAGGUGUCUUGAACUCACAAGAUAUAGUAGACGUACAGCAGAUUGGGAACGGAGGGAGCUUGCCAAUUCGGGGGUGAAGAAAAGAACUCAAAACUAAACUCAAUCCAAUCGUCGUAUAAGAAACUGCGAUCUUAUCUUAUCUCCCCGCAUAGUGACGAAAGCAACCGGCGAAUGGUGAUCGUUCGCAUUCGGACCAGGCCAGAACUGACCACCAUGCAGUCCCUUCGUGCUUUGCGACCACUUCUCCGAACAACGCCCGCAAGGACGUUCCACUCGACAUGUCGAAGGCAAGACCACUUCCUGAACGCCAACGCUGAGGUGAGGGCCAUCUUUCCCUGACAUUGACAUGGCUUUGAUGACUCUCCUGAAAGCUGUUUCGAACAAGGACAAGGUCGUCCUGGUCGAUUUCUACGCCGAGUGCGUCCCGUCAUGUUAUUCUUCAUAUUUAUUUAGAACGUUCAAGAUUAAUUGUGUCCAUAUCUUUAUUUACCUUCGUAGAUGGUGCAACCCAUGCAAAAUGCUUUCCCCCAUCUUGGAGAAACUGACGGAAGACAGUUCGGUCAAGACUGGUAGUGGGAAGCCUCUUGACCUUGUGACCGUUGACACAGACUCGGAGGUAGAAUUGGCUCAGCAAUUCCAGAUACGCUCAUUGCCCACAGUGAUUGCGUUCAAGGAUGGCAAGCCCGUGAGCCAAUUCAUGGGCGCGAUGCCUGAGCCUAGCGUUCGCAACUUCCUUCAAACUCUUUGAGCUUGUUCCGUGCCAAGGACAAUUAAAGAUAAUUGCAUUAUCGUAAAGAUGGUCGUUGCCUCCGUCUAUAUGGAAAAAAUGACACCUUCCAUGCAACUUGCGCUAGAAGCUUUCCGAUGAACUUUCGUGAACUUGCCCAGAGUAGAAUAUACACAUCCCAGCAUCAUAGACCAGAAUGAAAGAACAAGAAUAGAAUAGACAACAAUAUGAGCUACCUGUACGACUGGUAGAAGAGGUGAAAGGCUAUGUGUGAGGGGAAGGAUGCACAGGAUCUAUAAGAAACUUGGAACUCGGUAAUUCCUUUCUCCGUCUGUCGAGAAACCCCUCUCCGUAAUCAGGCUCUGGCCUAAAUACAAACGCUCUUGCAGCGCGCGCGAUUCGCUCUCCUGUAAGUCAAUGAAAUAGGUAGCACUUCUCUCCGGAGGCAUCCACAGGAAGGGAGAGAAAAAUAUAGAAAUAGCAUAUAAGAA